AUGGCUCCAUCUGUGUUUACUAAGGCUUUCCUGUCUCUAUGGACCUUUACCUCUGCUGUCCGCGCCUAUCCAAACGGUCCAUGGUACCAGGUUCCAUUGGGCGAAAAUGUCCUGGGAGAUCCCACAAGAUACCCUACUGCCGACGACAAACACGUGGAUUAUGUCGUCGUGGGCGGUGGUGCAUCGGGUCUCACUGUGGCCGCUCGCCUGUCCGAAGAUCCUUCAGUCACUGUGGCAAUUGUUGAGGCGGGUUCAUUUUAUGAACAAACUGGCAACCACAGUGAAGUCCCAGGAUACGCUGCGGACUUCUUGAAAGGAAAUAUCCCCCCUGCCCUGGAUUGGGGAUUCAAUACCACUCCACAGGAAGGUGCCGAUGGCCGCGUGAAACAUUUCACAAAUGCAAAGACCCUGGGCGGCAACUCUGCCUUUAAUCUGAUGGCCUACAUGGCCACCAGCACGGGUGCAUUGCAGAAGUGGGCAGAUGAGGUUGGCGAUGAUUCCUGGACUUAUUCAAAUGUAGCCAAGUACUUCCAGAAGAGCUUGAACUUCACAGGCAUUGAUCCCAGCAAGCGACGACUCAACGCAACCCCGGAACUGGAUACCAGCCAUGUGGGACAUGGUGGUCCCCUGGACGUCACAUACGCUAAUUACGGCCAGCCGUUCAGCACCUGGAUUAAGAAGGCAUUUGACCUAGCGGGUAUGUUACCCGUCGGAGGUUUCAUGUCUGGGGAUAUGUUCGGGAGCAGCUGGGUCUUGGACACAAUCAAUCACACUGAUGGUAAGCGGGCGUCGUCGUCAAAGGCCUUUCUGCAGCCCAUCUUGGGGCAACGAAAGAAUCUGUUCUUGUAUAAUGUCACUUUGGCAGAGAAGGUCUUGUUCAAUGACAAGACCGCGACCGGUGUGCAAGUAUCCCGAGGAAAGACUACUUUUACCUUGUCUGCUGCACAUGAGGUAAUAAUCACAGCUGGUGGAUUGAUGACCCCACAGCUGCUCCAAGUCUCGGGUGUCGGCGACGCAAAUCUUCUCAAGAAGUACAAUAUUCCUGUCGUCCUCGAUGCGCCGAGUGUAGGGCAGAACAUGGAAGAUCAUAUCAGCUUUGGAAUCGGCCACAAGGUCGAUGUGCAGACCAACUCGGCCCUGAAAUACAAGGACCAAUAUGACGAGGCUGUGAAGGAGUUUCAAGGACAACAAGAUGGACUCCUUUCCAGCCCCGGGCCAGACUUCGGCGGUUUCGCCGACAUUCCGCUGGAUCUGCGUAACUUCUCUGCGAGCACCAAAUCAGAUCUGGCUAGCUUCCCCAAGGACUGGCCGGAAGCAUUCUUCAUCUCUUUCCCUAUCGACAUGGGCUUCCCGACCGAUGGAUACAACUAUGCAAUGUUAUUUUGCACUCUCAUGACCCCCAUGUCUCGAGGAACUAUCAGUAUCAAAUCAGCCUCAAUGAAAGACAGCCCAGUGAUCAACCCGCGGUGGCUCACCUCCAAUACCGACGUUGAAAUAGCUGUCGCAGCAUUCCGACGUGUCCGACAAAUUCUGCAGAUGCCUAUCCUCCAACAAAACAUUAUCGUCGGGUCCGAGAUCACACCGGGAUCCGACGUGAGGUCUUACGAUGAGAUUCAUCAUUACUUGAAGCAGAAUUUUGCCUCCAUGUCCCAUCCGGCGUCUACCUGUCGAAUGGGCAAAGAUGGGGACAAGAAUGCAGUGGUGGAUUCCAAGGGUCGCGUUCAAGGUCUUGAUCACUUGCGAAUCGCAGAUGCAUCGACCUUCCGGUUCUUGCCUCCUGGUCUUCCUCUGGGCGUUGUCUACAUGGUCGCUGAAAAGAUCGCCGACGAUAUCAAGCACGCUCGUAGACAGCAGCAUUCCGAGUUGUGA